GGCGAGCGUGUUUACGGCGAUGGCAAUGUCUUCAUUGUUCCAGUCAUCCAGAGGUUCACCGGCCGCAGCUGCGAUCAGCAACUGCGGCUCGAUGGUGGGGCCGCUGUCGGGGGCCGCAACCCCGGCGAGGUCGCGGGCGCCAACCCUGAUCAGCAGUUGGCUGGCGGUGGGCAAGGACAGGUUCAUGACGAUUGGGACUCUGUCGGUUUGUCCGUGGUCUUGGCCGGUUUCACGCCUGGUUUAGCCUCCACCACCGGAGUAGCAGUUUUAUCUUUUGGCGGGACGGUGGGUUUGGUGCUGGACGCUUGCUGCCGCGAACGUGCUUUCUCGUCAUCGCCUGUUUCCCGCACUUGCUUCGUCCCUUCGCCCGUGGAGCCGUACGCCAGCUGCCAGAAGCCGUACCCACCUGCGGCUCGGGCCUCUGCGCCGAACUUGAAUUUCUUGCGGCUGAACACGUCUUCGG